GGAGUUUGCCGCGCAUGCGCCGUGCCCCCUCGGAGUACAACUGCGCCCGAGUCAUAACAAUCUCCAGAAAUCCCAAGCUGGGCCAAAUGAAAUAGAGCAGCGGGCACGGACAGUGGCACGAUACUGGGCGGCGUGGCAUCGAGUCCACGAUUCGGAUGGCGUUUUGAGGCGGUGCCAUGCGUGCAUGUUAUCAGGCGUGCGGAGGCUAGGAAGCAAAGCCUCUCGUCCUUUUGUGGCGAUCACUUUGUGAAGAUGGGCGAUUGUGCACAGGGAGUAUUUUAAUGCACAGAGCCUAGACGACUUACCGAAGGCGAGUCUGCGCUCCCCGGCGUUCUCAAGGUGAACUCGGGCGAGCCUAACUGGGGAUCGCUAAAGCCGCAGAUCGGUAGGCUGCCCAUUUUAAGACAUGUCGUCUUGCUGAUUUUUUUUCCUUCUCCCCCUGAGCCCGAGUCGGGGUUGUCGCCUGAGCGCAGUGGCCGAGCAGCGGUAACAACAGCACUAGCAGCAGCAGCAGCAGGAGGCUCGGCUCGCUGUGAGCCGGAGUUGGCGCCCACGCCUCAUCGGCCGUCUCUGUUCAUGUAAGCCGUGACAAGUGUCUCGUGCAGGGGCUCACACGGGCCGAGCGCAGCGUAGGUGUGUGCGCGCGUGAGUGCGUGCGCCCGAAGAGGCAGGAGCCAUGCAGACUCAACAGCUUCAAUACGACUUCUUCAGCGAAGAGAACGCACCCAAAUGGCGGGGACUUCUGGCACCAUCCCUCAAUAAGGUUUUAAAUCAAGUUCAUCCGAAUCUCUCAUCCAUGGAAGAUGCUCUCCAGUACAUCGAGGAGCUGAUCUUGUUGUUACUCAGUAUGCUGUGUCAGGCCCAGCCUCGUUCAGUACAAGAUGUAGAGGAGCGAGUUCAGAAAAGCUUUCCCCAUCCAAUUGACAAGUGGGCCAUCGCUGAUGCUCAGGCUGCUAUAGAGAAGAGAAAAAGGAGAAACCCUUUAGCCUUGCCUGUAGACAAAAUUCACCCUCUUUUAAAGGAGGUUCUGGGAUACAAAAUCGAUCAUCAGGUGUCAAUUUACAUCGUAGCAGUGCUGGAAUAUAUUUCAGCAGAUAUUUUAAAACUGGCAGGGAACUAUGUACGGAAUAUUCGACACUAUGAAAUUUCUCAGCAAGAUAUCAAGGUGGCCAUGUGUGCAGACAAAGUGCUGAUGGACAUGUUUCACCAAGAUGAGGAGGACAUCAGUGGAUGGUUACUUCAAGACGAGGAGCCCUCAAACUCAGGAGAGCAAAUGUACUACGAGUUAGUGAAAGCGUUCAUGGCUGAUGUCCGCCAGUACUUGAGGGACCUCAACCUUAUCAUUAAGGUCUUCAGGGAACCGUUUGUCACUAGCAGUCAGCUUUUCUCACCUCAUGAUGUGGACAGCAUCUUCAGUCGCAUCAUAGAUAUCCACGAGCUGACUGUUAAACUUUUGGGCCUUAUUGAAGAUACUGUGGAAAUGACAGAUGAAGGGAGUCCACAUCCUUUGGUAGGAAGUUGCUUUGAGGAUUUGGCAGAGGAGUUGGCCUUUGACCCUUAUGAAACGUAUGCACAAGACAUCCUCCGACCGGGUUUCCAAGAACAUUUUCUCAGCCAGCUGUCAAAGCCCGGAGCUGCUUUCUAUUUACAGUCUAUUUGUGAAGGUUUCAAGGAGGCAGUCCAGUAUGUUCUCCCCAGACUCCUUUUAACUCCAGUUUACCACUGUCUGCACUACUUUGAAAUUCUAAAGCAACUCGAGGAAAAAAGUGAAGUAGAAGAGGACAAGGAAUGCCUAAAGCAAGCCAUAACAGCCCUUCUGAACCUUCAGAGUAGCAUGGAAAGGAUAUGUUCCAAAAACUUUGCCAAGCGCCGCCUGAGUGAAUCAGCUUGUCGAUUCUACAGCCAACAGAUGAAGGGCAAACACUUGGCCAUCAAAAAAAUGAAUGAAAUUCAGAAGAAUAUCGACGGCUGGGAGGGCAAAGACAUUGGACAGUGCUGUAACGAGUUCAUCAUGGAAGGCCCCCUGACGCGGGUAGGAGCCAAACAUGAGCGGCACAUCUUCCUUUUUGAUGGUCUCAUGAUCUGCUGCAAGUCCAACCACGGCCAGCCUCGGCUUCCAGGGGGCAGCACCGCUGAGUACCGCCUGAAGGAGAAGUUCUUAAUGCGCAAGGUGCAGAUCAACGACAAGGACGACACACAGGAAUACCGACAUGCUUUUGAAAUCAUUCUUAAGGAUGGCAAUAGCGUGGUGUUUGCUGCUAAGUCUGCCGAGGAGAAAAACAACUGGAUGGCAGCACUCAUCUCCUUGCAGUAUCGCAGCACCUUGGAGCGCAUGCUGGACCUUACCUUGCUACAGGAGGAGAAAGAGCAGCAGAUGAGGUUUCCCAGUGCUGAGCAGUACCGGUUUGCUGAGCCCGACUCGGAAGAGAAUGUCAUCUUUGAAGAGAAUGUGCAGUCCAAGUCGGGCAUUCCCAUCAUUAAGGCCGGCACUGUGGUCAAGCUUAUUGAGAGGCUCACUUACCACAUGUAUGCAGAUCCCAAUUUUGUUAGGACCUUUCUGACGACGUAUCGCUCAUUUUGCAGGCCACAGGAACUGCUCACCUUGCUAAUGGAACGGUUUCACAUCCCUGAAUCUAAACCGGCAGAAACAGACGGCACGGAGAAUGGCGACCAGCCCCUGAGUGCCGAGCUCAAACGGUUUCGAAAGGAGUAUGUGCAGCCAGUCCAACUUAGAGUUUUGAAUGUUUGCCGGCACUGGGUAGAGCACCACUUUUAUGAUUUUGAGAGGGAUCCGGACCUGUUACAGCGAUUAGAAGAGUUCAUUGGGACAGUCAGAGGUAAAGCCAUGAGAAAGUGGGUUGAAUCCAUUUCAAAAAUCAUUCAAAGGAAAAAGCAGGCGCAGGCUAAUGGAUCGAGUCACAAUAUCACGUUUGAGAGCUCCCCUCCUCCAAUUGAGUGGCACAUAAGCAAGCCUGGCCAAGUGGAGACCUUCGACCUGCUCACAUUGCACCCCAUUGAGAUUGCACGGCAACUCACACUUCUUGAAUCAGACCUCUACAGGGCUGUGCAGCCAUCUGAGCUGGUGGGCAGUGUGUGGACGAAAGAAGACAAAGAAAUCAACUCUCCCAACCUCCUCAAGAUGAUCAGGCACACGACCAACCUUACCCUGUGGUUUGAGAAGUGUAUAGUGGAAACGGAGAACUUGGAAGAGAGAUCAGCUGUAGUGAGCCGAAUAAUCGAGAUCUUGCAGGUUUUCCAGGAGCUGAACAACUUUAAUGGCGUUCUUGAGGUGGUGAGCGCAAUGAACUCGUCUCCAGUGUACCGGCUGGACCACACUUUUGAGCAAAUCCCUAGUCGGCAGAGGAGAAUAUUAGAGGAGGCUCACGAGCUGAGUGAAGACCACUAUAAGAAGUAUCUCGCUAAACUCAGGUCCAUUAACCCACCAUGUGUGCCUUUCUUUGGUAUCUACUUAACAAACAUCCUGAAGACAGAAGAAGGAAACCCGGACUUUCUCAAACGGCAUGGCAAAGAGCUGAUCAACUUCAGCAAACGGAGGAAAGUGGCAGAGAUCACAGGGGAGAUCCAGCAGUACCAGAACCAGCCGUACUGCCUAAGGGUGGAGAGUGACAUUCGAAGAUACUUCGAGAAUCUGAAUCCAAUGGAGGAAAAAAUGGAGAAGGAAUUCACUGAUUACCUGUUUAACAAAUCGCUGGAAAUUGAGCCUCGAAAUGUCAAGACAUUACCCAGAUUUAUUAAAAAAUACAACUACCCCCUCAAGUCUCCUGGCGUACGACCCUCCAACAUUAGACCCGGUACUAUGAGGCAUCCAACGCCACUGCAAAAUGAGCCUCGCAAGAUCAGCUAUAGCAGAAUCCCCGACAGUGAAACGGAAAGCACCGCGUCGGCCCCCAACUCCCCGCGAACGCCUCUGACUCCGCCUCCUGCCUCCGGAGCCUCCAGUUCCACGGACGUUUCCUGUGUCUUCGACUCCGGCCCACCCAGUCCCUUCCAGUCAAGCAGUGAUGCCAUCUUUAUCCCUGUCUCACUGCCACGUGGGCCACGGUCAUCUUCUGUCUCAUCUAUGGUCAUGUCCAACUUGAGCAAAGAGGAUGCCACAGCGCCACCCCCUGUCCCUCCACGUAGACGGCCAGAGUCAGCCCCAGCAGAGUCCUCCCCUUCCAAGCACUUGGACAGCCCACCAGCCAUUCCGCCACGACAGCCGACAAAGGUGUACUCUCCUCGGUAUCCUCUUCCUGAACGGACAUCUGUGUCGGAUCCUCCGGACAGCCCCCCCACGUUGCCCCCACGGGAGCCCGUCAGAACACCAGAUGUCUUCUCCCCUUUACAUUUGCAGCCUCCGCCCCCAGGAAGGAGAACUGAAUCAAGCCAGACCUUCUUUCCCAAUAGUCCUUUGCCUUUCACCCCAUUGCCUCCUCAGACCCCUUCACCGGUGGGUUCACGCAGGCACCUGCCCGCAACGCCUUUAAUUUCACAGGACUUGGACGCCCCCGGCACCGCUGGACCCCCUGUGCCUCCCAGACAGAGUACAUCCCAAGUGAUCCCUAAGCUGCCCCCUAAAACGUACAAAAGGGACCACGUGCCGCCACCUGCUGCUCGGGAUGGCUCGCUGGAGAGCGUCACCACCCAAAGCAUUGUGAACACUAAAGACUUGGAGGCUUGUGAGAUGCCCUUCAACCAGAAGGUGGUUUUUCUAAAGCAGUGAACCGACGGCAUGGAGUGAAUUGUUCUGAAAGACUGCAGAGGAAGGACGUGCGUUGAAAUUUGGGUAACUACCACACCAGAAAAACAAGCAGACGAAAGAGAGAGGUGCGUGUUUGUGUGUGUGAGUGUGUGAGCGCGUGCGUGUAUGUGCGUGUGUGUAUAUAUACAUAUAUAUGUGUGUAUAUAUAUACAGUAAAUAUAUAUAUAAAUAUAUAUAUAUAUAUAUAGAUAAAUUAGUCCUUAGUGACCUAAUUAAUGACUCACAGAAAAUGUGCAAGAAGAAGAAAAAAAAAUAAAAAACGUAAGCAAAACAGGAAUGUACACCCUGCUGUCCGAUCACAAAUUCCCGGCUUUUGCUUUAAAACAUCUUCAUCAGAAAAAAAAAAAAAAAAAGGGACUUUGGGACCCGUGUCUUCAUGGUCUUUGGACGUUUGUUUUGUAAAUCCAAAAUUAACUUAGCAAUCUGUGCCAGUAGUCAGGUGAAGGCUCGCUCGCUCGCUCGCUCGGGUGCCUUCCACACCAAAGAGGUACAAUGAACACGACGCAAAGGGGAAUUUUUUUUUUUUUUGUUUGUUUUUCGCCAAGAAGUCUGUCGACGAAUGCCUUACAACAAGGGAAGUUCCCGGUCUUACUACCGAGAUUGCAAAGCAGCCAGAUGUACGAUGUCAGGAGAGUUUGUUCAAAAUUUCUGUCACGUCACACUUUUCCUUUUUGUUUCUUUGGUGGCUUAAUUAACUUUUAUCUUCACGCUUACCUUUUUUUUUUUUCUUUCCGCUUCUCCCGUCUCCAUGAGUCGCAUCUUCCUGUCCUCAUUUAGUCGACUUUCUGAGCUUUUCUCCGAUUUUUACAGCCGGAUUACUAAUAAUAAAAGCCUGAGUCCUGUCUCAUCAUAACACUAACUGGAAACGCAUGCUGGAUGGAGAUCUCCAGCAUUGUCCUCAGCGUGUCAUUCACUGAGCGUCUUCGUCGGUCACUCGUUACUGCAGUUUUUAAGCACUUUGACGUUUCGUUUUUUUCUUUCGUUCUCUUUUUCCUGUUCUCACGGCAGUUGCCCCCUUUUGUCAGUUGUCAGACAAGUUCAACGUUAUGUCGCUUUUUUUUUUUUUGGUCAUUUUUUUUUUUCUGUUUGACAAUAGCAAAAUAAAUUCACUUACUGAAAAGAUGUAUACAUGCGGUGAGAGUCGUUAUUUGUAAAAUGUUUGUUUGUUUUUUGUUUGUUUGCUUGUUUCGCAUUUUCUGUUAUUUCCAUACAUGUCAAUCUGCACCGGUGGUCAGAAGCCUUGUGACAAGUGAAGCGCGAUGUGUGCAGACCUCACUAACAACGAGAAACGACAUUGUGUUUGAUUAUCUCCCUUGUGAUUGGCUGAAAUUGGAUAACAUUCUCGAUGGCACAUCAGGGAACUUUAUCAUUUUUUACUUUUCUAGAGAAAUGUUAGAAGAAUUUCUGCUUUCAAUUGUGUUUUUGUUGUCAUGACAUUUUUUCUAAUCUGCGUAAUCCAGACCAGGGUUUUGGUUGGUUGGGGUGGGGGGGUUGCGCUGCCUAUCCUAAGACAGGAUCAAACUCCGGACAGGAUGCCAGCCCAUCACAGGGCAAACUCUAGGGCCAGUUUAGCAUCGCCAGAUCUCCUUACUGCAACAUGAAAAAAAAAUGUUCAAAUCAUUUAUAACAACACGUCGUAACCAGAAUGUUUAAUUCCGUCCCCUGAAGUUCCCGUAAGCGAACGUGUCAUUUUGUGACUUCCAGUCGUAGGGUAUAUUGGACUUGGCGACUGCAGUUGCCGCUCUUGUUGGCGGACUGUGUAAGUUUAAAUUGCUGAAAAGUGUGUGCCGACCUUCCAGCACACUCGCGCGCACUCCUUUUUUCUAGAAUAUUGCCUGACAGAGCCAGCGCCGUACGAACGGUUAACCGGUACGACAAGUUCAGCUCCCUCAAUUCUGUUGUUUGCACGAGACAUUAGACAGACGAGCUUCUCUUUCGCUUGUGAGGUCCAAAACACCUACGUUUCUUGUUCUUCGCCCCUGCACUGUACGUGUUGUACUCGCUGGAUGUCCGCUCUCGUGCACACAGGGCCGCCCCACGACUAAAACCUGUUGGAUUUUUUCAGGGCAAGUCGCUGAGUGUGUUAGACUACACUAGAGGUACUGGGCGCAUGCCGCCAACUGACACCAAAGCGAGAUUAUGUAAAAUGAAGGCUACGUUCGAAAAUCACUGGGAGAGUCAUCUAAUGUGAUAACGGCUUUAAAUGAAGUGUUUUGUUGUUAGAAAGUCAAUUUCAAAACCGCUUCAACUGAUCCGCCAUUAUCCUUGUUACCGGGUGUGCUGCAAAGCCCCAUCCACCGUUUAUUAGGAAAUGCUGCCGUGCGAGCAGAAGCUACAGUAAGCCGUGUGCAAGGGUUAAGGUGUUGCAUCAGUUUUAUUUCUUUUAUGCAGAAGAUGUCUUGUACUCGUUAUCAAUGAGUUCUUAAUCUAGGAUGCAGGAAGUUGCUUGUCUCCUUGCACCAGAAGAAAACGAAAAUUCUUAGAACAUCCAAACGGUAACUCGGCUGUAUGUAGCGCUGCUCACGCCAGACACUUAAUCGUCCACAGAACAUCUCAUACUUAGCAGCACAGUUUGAGUAUGUGGCCGUAAUCGCACCUCAUUUUGAAAAUCCCACUUGCCGUGAUAAUUGCUUGAUGAUGAUGCACUAAAUUGGGCAGAGAAGGUACCGAAGCAUACUGUUGGACUGGACCGUUCACAAGUCAGCUUUUUACAUGCAUCUUCAUGGCUGCUAUCUGUUAAAAUCUGUGGCAUUGCGCGCAGACCUGGUGCUUGUGGAGCACGACCAUUAAGGCUGAAUCAUAUUUCUGUAUAUUGGGAAACCUCAUUUGUCGUGUCUUAACUGUGAAGAGCGAGAAAUUGGUGCCCUGUCCCCCUCCGUUUUCACAUCCUCAUACAGAAAGGCAGGCUGGGAUCUUGGGGGCGUUAGAGUCGGUGAGCUAAAGAAGAACUCCGUAGACUCAACGGCCUAUGGGGUUUCUCACUGCUGUGCCCACUCUGUUACACUAGCCGCCUCCUGCUCUGUGUGAUUCUGGGUCAUGACGUCAAUUGUUUCUGCUCAGGAAUUCACUCGUCUCCACUGAGAUGACAGCAGAAGUUUGACUUGAACUCAGGCGGGACCUUUAGAUUACAAAGUAACCCUCUCUGCCGCCACACCAAAGGAUUUCUCCUUUAGCUCAGCUGGGGUCGCUGCCACAGAGGGAUUCAGAGCCAGCCGUUCCAUCUGAGGGCAUGAAAUGGAAAGGGGAGUGUUGGGGGAUCAUUGAGUGAUUUCUCGCUGAUGACACCGUCCAUCGAGAGUGCUGCUUCACCACCUUAAAGUGCAAUUGAAUGUUCAUUUCUCCUUUGUCUUGAACUCAAGUCAUGUUUUACACUAUUUGGGGGUGGGUGGUACGGAAGUUGGAAUCCCUGAAAUUCGCCUCAGAGUGCUGGAACCGGUGCCAGUUGCAUGCCUGAUCCAUUUGCUGCCACGACGUGCCUUUAAUUCAUUUGUGCUGGGGAUUAGCUGUACACGGGCCACUUGUGCGCAAAAAUGUAACAAGAGAACAAACAUUAAAAAAGUGACUUGUACAGAAGCAAGUUUACUCGAA